CUGGGGUUGUUCUUGGGACCACCAUGUUGUUCUCCAUCCAUCCUCGUCGGAUUAAGAUUUCCGAACUCUUUCCUCGAAUGUGGCCAUCGUUUCAGCAGUCAAGAUAUCGACAGCUUGUGGCAAUCUCAGCAGCAAUCACGGUUUCGGAACGGUCGCUUCCGCUUGGCCCACUAUGGCGGAGAACUCGGACUGAUCCACGGCAUGUCAUCAUCUGAUGAAAAUAGCACAAUCUGCUGCAAGCUGAACGCAGAGAAGAAGAGCGUUACAUGCAUGCAAAAGAAAGAGUUAGGCUCUGAGCUUCGUUAGGUUCGAGAUUACCCUUUGAAACUUUGCUUAUCAAAUCAAGAAUUCGCUCUGAGCAUUCUUGUGACCAUGAUCAACCUGAAGUCACAUGUCUUGCUUUGGUUUCUGCUACUUCUAUCUUGCAAUGCCGAAGUGAGAGCAAAUUCAGAAGCAGAGGCGCUCAUCUCGUGGAAGUUGACCCUCGAGAACCAAUCCGCGCUUCAAUCGUGGACUACCGGCGGGACAUUCGGCCCGAACCUGUCGACGAGCCCGUGUGGAUGGUUCGGCGUCUCUUGCAGCACGGAGGGCAACAUCGCGAAGAUACAUCUCCCAGGCGCGAGUUUAGGGGGAAACCUCACAGGCUUGGACCUCUCGUCUUUCGGCGACCUCGUGUCCCUCAAGCUCACCCAGUGCAACCUCUCGGGGCCUAUUCCACCUCAAAUCGGUUCGCUCUCGAAGCUGACGCAUCUCAAUCUCUCCAGGAACGAACUCUCCGGUAGUCUCCCGCCGACACUUUCGAACCUUACUCGGCUCUCCUUGCUUUCUCUUGGCAACAACAUGAUAAGUGGCGAACUCGAUCCGCACUUGUUUUCCAACUGGACUAAACUCUGGUACCUGCAACUCCACAACAACAAUUUCACGGGGAAAAUCCCCUCGGAGGUUGGCCUCCUAACAAAUCUCAUAGAGCUAGCUAUCUGUAACAACCUUCUGAACGGCUCGAUCCCGUAUGAAAUCGGAAACCUGAAGCAUUUAGAUGCUAUAGCCUUAUAUAGGAAUCAUCUUACCGGUCCUAUCCCGCAGUCUAUCGGCAAUCUUACUCGCUUAACGAUGUUGUACUUGCAGCAGAACCAUCUUUCAGGGCCUAUUCCUCACGAUAUUGUCAAGUGCACAGGGCUAGUCGACUUGCGGCUGUUUGAAAACAACUUCUCGGGUUCGGUACCUCAAGGACUCGCCAACUUUUCAUCCCUAAAGGUGCUUGAAUUCUCCGUAAACAGUCUCUCUGGUCCCUUACCGCAAGUCUGCCAAGAGUCUCCUCUCGAAAAAUUUACAGCCGCCUUCAACAGCUUCACGGGUCCAAUGCCUAGAAGCUUGAGAAAUUGCACCACUCUCGUGCGAGUCCGUCUCGAGAGCAACUUCCUUUCGGGGUAUCUAGACCGAGACUUUGGUGUCUAUCCGAACCUCAAUUAUCUCGACUUGAGCUACAAUAAGUUGAGGGGGGUCCUCUCCCCAAACUGGGCGUCAUGCCUAAAGCUGACGCUGCUAAAAGUUGCUGGAAAUGAGAUUGGCGGCACAAUUCCGAACGAGCUCGGGAAAUUAAGUGUACUAGGUGUGCUCAAUCUGGCGUCUAACCACAUUACCGGAUUAAUACCGCGACAUUUAGGAAACUUAUCUUCUCUGUUUCAGCUGAAUUUAGGAGAGAACAAGCUGUCAGGUCCGAUUCCGCCUCAACUUGGGCAUCUGCUGCGUCUCGAGGACCUUGACCUCUCAUCGAACGAGCUGGGAGGCCCAAUUCCCGAGCAACUCUGGAAAUGCUCGAAGCUGCGGAAUCUCGUCCUGGCGGCUAACAAUUUUAAUGGGUCUAUAUCGCCUCAGAUCGGAGACCUAGCACUGCAAGGUUCACUGAACUUGAGUCAUAACUGCCUCGCCGGCAAUAUACCUCCACAGAUUGCAAAGUUGGCCUUGGAGCAUCUAGAUCUCUCUCACAACGAGCUGUCUGGCGAAAUCCCUUCUUCCUUUGUCCGGAUGACCAGUUUGACGUCGGUCGACUUCUCGUACAAUGAACUGGAAGGUCCGAUUCCCGACGGCAAAGUUUUCCUCCUCUCCGCCUCAACUGCAUUCAGCAACAACAAGAACAUGUGUGGCCCGGUCCAAGGUUUCCGACCAUGCUAUGCUAAAUUACCGGAGAGCACAGUUCGCAGGAAAAGCCACAAAUUGUGGAUCAUACUAGGCGUUUCUUCAUUAGUCGUUCUAUUCCUCAUUGUAGUAUUGCUCGGGAAAUCCAUCCUAUCCCGCGGAAGAAUGAAAAGCGCGAGUGCAAGAAUUGCCGGGCUGAACAGCAGAAAUGUUUUCUCCGUGUUGAACUACGAUGGGAAAGUCGUCUACGAGGACAUUGUCGAAGCCACAGAGAAUUUCGAUGACAAGUAUUGCAUCGGGGAGGGCGGAAGCGGAAGAGUCUACAGAGCUCUGCUUCCAACAGGACAUGCGUUGGCCAUAAAGAAGAUCAGGUCCUCGGAAGGCGAUGAAAUAGAGCAGAUCACAGCAAGCUUUCUCAAUGAGAUCAAGUUGUUGACAACGAUCCGACAUCGAAACAUCGUUAAGUUUUACGGAUUCUGCUCCAGUGGACCGCAUAAGUUCCUCGUGUAUGACCUGAUCGAGAAGGGAAGCUUAGCAACCAUCCUGAACGACGGCAGUGAAGCAGCAAGGCUCGACUGGAGGAGGCGAGUGGAGAUCGUGAGGGACAUAGCCUGUGCCCUGUGUUACAUGCACAAUGACUGCACGCCGCCCGUGAUUCAUCGAGACAUAUCGAGCCGAAACAUCCUGUUGAACACAGAGUACGAAGCUUUUCUAUCCGAUUUCGGCAUCUCUAGGAUUUUGAAGCCCGAUUCGAGCAAUUGGACGGCCGUGGCAGGCACGUACGGUUACGUCGCUCCAGAGCUCGCAUACACAAUGAGCUUGACUGAGAAAUGUGACGUUUAUAGCUUCGGUGUCCUGUCACUCGAAGUGAUAGUGGGAAAACACCCGGCGGAGCUCGGUUUAUCUCUGAAUUCCCUCCAAUCAGAGCAAAGCAUGGAGCUAGAAGGUCUGUUAGAUGCACGUCUUCCACCUCCGGCGGAUCAAAUCACCAUGAAUGAAGUGAAAGUGUUAGUGAAGCAAGCAUGUUCAUGUGUAGAUGUUGAUCCAAAUCGCAGGCCAACCAUGAGAGAGGUGUCGCAGGCGCUCCUCAUACAUUAAAACAAUCUUCACUAGUCUCAAGCAUGUACGCACACUUGUAUCUUUUGGCAAUAAUCGAUUCCGUCCUAGUCCCACACGAGUGGGCAAAUUUAAGGAUUAUAAUGGGCAAUGGAACGACUCGAUAGAUGGACCGAUCGUGACAA